AUGGCAAGGAAGCCGACCAAGGUGCCCGACGCCUGGGAAGACGACGACUGGGAAGCGCAGGCCGACAAAGCAGCCGCAGUCAAUGAAGUCGAACUAGAGGCAGAGGCCCCUCUCAGCAAGAAAGAGCGACUGGCGCAGCAUGCAGAGUCCAACAAGAAGCUCUGGGAGUCGGCCGAAGCCCCAACCCCAACCUUCCACCACCUAGCCGCCGCCACCACCGCGCCCCCUCUCGCCAGCGCCACAGCCUUCAAGCCCGCCGUCACGCUUCUAGCACGCAAACCCAUUAUCACGAAGCGCGACCCGCUCACCGGCACUUUCUCCCAGAUGCGCCUCGACGACGACGAUGAGGACGAGCGCAACAAGAAGGCGCAGCUGAGCCCCGAGGAGGUGCGCGCGAAGCAGCAGCGCGAGCGCGAGGAGAAGCAGCGGCGGUACGAUGAGGCGCGCGCCAAGAUCUUCGGAGGCGGAGGAUCAUCGUCAGGGACUUCGACGCCAGGGAAUGUCACGCCGCCUGCGGGAAGGGCAGGGGGUGAGUGGGGUCGCGGGCAGAGGGGACGGGGACGCGGGAGGGGCGGUGGUGGUGGUGGUGGUGGAGGUCAACGGCAUAAUGAGAAUCGAGGUGACACCGGUCAGCGGCCAAGCAGCCAGUCUGGAGGUGGCGGAGGUAGUGGUGGUGGCGGUGGUGGUGCACAGCUCUUCGACCCGAAUUACUCACCGAAGCCCGGAUUCCAGCUCGAGAGGAGGGGAGGCAGCAAUCCCGGCUCCGGCAGAUCAACACCACGACCACGAGAUGAGGAACAAGUCAUUCGAGCACCCAGAGGACCCGACGGCAGGGGAUUCGCCAAACGCGGCGCUAGAGUUGGCUGA